AUUACCCCUUAUCUCGAACACUAAUUAUUAUGCUGAAAGCAGACCAAUCUUAGUAAGCUCUUCUUCAUUGUUUAUCACACGUUUUUCGAAAAAAAAAGUGCUGUUUUAAAUCAGUGAGAGGUAGGAAAGAAAUCAUGUUGAGAGCAUGUCUACUAGUGGUACUGAUUGGGUGCACAGCCUGUACCUCGGUGAUCCAACUUAAUUCGGAAGUAAUGCUAUUUAGUGCUCACCUGAUGGAGGACACACCCCUGCAAACAUCUGAACUCCAACUAGAUAGCGAGGAGCUUGUAGACCAUCUAAUUUUGAUGUUUUGCUCUGGAAGCAUUGGUGAGGUUACUUUUCGGCAGUUUCCUAAACUACAUAAACUCACAAUCUGGAGAAGCCGUAUCGAGCACAUUUCCGCCUUUCUCCCUAUAACCGAGCUUGAAGUAGUACGUUCCUACUUUCCCAAUCUUGACGCUAGCUUACAAGAAAAACUGCAAAAGCUCCGCAUUCUAACUAUCAAGGCGAAUAAGAAUUUUCAAGUGGAACCUUUGAUACUCAAGAACUUCAAGCAUUUGCAAACUCUUUUCAUAUCGGAGGCUAACUUUACCGAUGACUGCGUAACAAAGAACUGGUUUAAGGGAAUGGAAGAUCUACAACAAUUGGGGCUUAGGGGCAAUGGCAUCAGCUGCAUGACUGCUGACGCUCUUAGCAGCUUGCAAAACCUCAGAAUGUUGGACCUAACCAACAAUCAUCUAGCAGACAUUCAUAAAACAGCUUUUAAAGAGCUCACUAAACUCGAACAAUUGGGCUUUUACGAAAACGAUCUGGAGGAGUUUGAUUUCCAAGCCUUGGCCAGCCAGAAGGGUCAUUUGGAGCUACUGGGAGUGUCCUGGAAAGUACUGAAAUCCAGCGGAAUAUCUGCAAAAAAUUUACUGAAAGUUUUGCCCAAUUUAAAACUGCUAUCGCUGGGACAUACGGAUAUGCCAACUGAUUUUAAGGCUGGCGAGUUUUGUCACAUUUUGAAGCAGAAUGGGGCUAGCUGUAUGAUUGAUAAUCUUUUUGGUACACCAACCCUGUUCGGGACUCAAUGGUGAGCCAGAGGAGAGCUCACUUGUUCUUACAAUACUUAUUUAUAUGACAGAUGAUCAACCAUGUGUGAAGGAACAUUGCAUGACAUAAUAAAUUGAACACUAUUUUUGAGUCAAAA